AUGGGUGCUCACGCCUCAUCUUCCUCGCACCCACCGCCCGAUCUCGCCGAACGUCUGGCUGCAUACAACGAACGACUGGCCAAAAUCCGUCAGCGCAUCGGCGACAAAGACGACAUCGAAGACGUCUGUUCAGCACUACGUCGCGUCGAGAAAUCCGGAUCAAGCCGUCGUCCUCCCAAAGCAGCGCCUCUCAGACCACUCGGAGUGGCGCUCUACGAACGCUUCGAACGGCUGGGCGUAAUCGAGGAUAUUGACGAUGCUAUAUGGGCCUCGCGCAGUGCAGCCGAGCUCGGCACUGAGGAGUCGGAGCGGUAUGUUUGGCUGCACGACCUCGGCAAGUCUUUGCGCGCGCGCUUCGAACAAGUGGGAGACGCCCAGGAUAUUCACGAGUCCGUUACGGUGCUUCGGCGCGCGGUGGAACUUACGCCCGACUGGUACCCCGACCGACUUGCGCACCUGAACAGUCUCGGCAACUCGUUGCAUGCCCGCUUCGACUCGCUUGGAGAUCCUCAGGACCUCGAAGACGCCAUCCUCACAUAUCGGCGUGUCAUCGAGCUUACCCCGGACGGGUAUACGGACAAGCUAGCCGGGUAUCACAACCUCGGCAGUCUAUUGCAGAAACGCUACAAAAGAUUCGGCGAGCUGGACGAUCUCGAACAGGCUAUCUCGAUGCAGCGUCGCGCCGCCAAGCUGGCUGACGCCCAUCCUGCAAAACCCGCACAGUUGAAUGGUCUCGGUAUUUCAUUGCACACCCGCUUUGUACGUCUGAACGACCUAGAAGAUCUCGAGGAGUCUAUACGAGUGCAUCGACGCGCAGUCGACCUCACUCCCGCCAACCACCCCGACCGAAUCGGCUGGCUCCAGUUCCUCGCCGUCUCUGUAGACAGCCGCUCCCAGCAACUUGACGAUCCCAAGGAUCUCGAGGAAGCGAUCAAGAUCAUGCGCCACGUCACGGAGCGUACACCCGAUAGCCACCCAGCCAAAGCGGACCGCUUGCACUUCCUCGGCGUUGUGCUGCACCAGCGCUUCAGGCGGACCGGCGAGCUCGGCGAUCUAGAGGAAGCCAUCAUCGCGCAGCGGAAAGGGUUAGGAAGUGCGCUCGAAGGGCACCCGAUGAACUCAGACUGGUUCAAUAGUCUCGGGCGUUCGCUCCAGUCGCGCUUCCGACGACUUGGGGAGCCAGCGGACUUGGAUGAAGCCAUCUCCAUGCACCGCCGUGCUGUGGACCUUACACCCGAAGGCCAUCCGGACAGACCUGGGCAGCUAAACAACCUUGGAACUAUACUAUCCGUACGCUUUGACCGCCUCGGCGAGCUCGGCGAUCUUGACGACGCUAUCGCGAACGUGCGCGCUGCGGCGAACCUCACGCCGGAGGAGCAUCCGAGCAAAGCGACGAUGUUGAGCAAUCUUGGGGUUAUGCUGCGCGAGCGCUUUAUUCGUCUUCAAGAGCCGCGGGAUCUCGACGACUCUGUCGCUGUAUCUCGUCGCGCAGUUGAAUCUUCGGCGAACGAUCCACAGCUCGCGUCUCGACUCAACAACCUCGGGAACUCCCUCCGCAAACGCGCUGAGCUUCGCAAAGAGAUCACUGAUGUCGACGCUGCCAUCUCUGCAUAUGAGCGCGCAAUAGACCUCACACCCGACGAGCACCCGAACCAAUCAAUCUGGCUCUUAAACUUAGGCUGGGCCCGCUGCGAGCGCUACCGAAGCUCCAAGAACGCCGACGACUACCACGCCGCGGUAUCCUGCUUCAUGAAAGCCGCCACCCAUCCCCAAAGCAUCCCCACCUCCCGCCUCGCCGCCGCGGAAGACUGCAUCUGGCUCCUCACCACCUUCCCCAAGCACAGCACCCAAGACUCCCUCUUAGCCGCGCAUGCGUGCGUCUUCGGCGUCGUCCCCGAGAUCGUGUGGCUCGGGCACGGUAUCCAGAGAAGAUACUCGGAGUCGUCGCGGCUCGCGGGGUUUAUUGGUGCGGCGGCGGCGGCGGCUGUUGGGGCUGGGGAGCUGGGGCAGGCGGUGGAGUGGCUUGAGGCGGGGAGGGCGCUCGUGUGGGCGCAGAUUUUGGCGCUGCGUACGCCGCUUGAUGAGCUGCAGGCGGUGCAUCCGAAGCUUGCGGAUGAGCUUCGUAGUGUGCAGCAGGAACUGCGGCAGUCCGUGCCGAUGUCUUCGUCGCAGGGUUAUCAUAGAUCUGAGGAUGGCAUUGCCGACGUGCACAAAGAUGGCUCGACGGCGGAUCGUCAUCGUGGACUGGCCAUUCAGUACGACAACAUCAUGAAGAAGAUCCGCCGCUGUCCAGGUUUCGAGGACUUCCUACGCCCGAAAUCGUUCAAGGAUCUCGUACUCCCAUCCGAGCUGGCCAAAGGCCCCGUCGUCUUCAUCAACGUGCAUCCAACUCGCUGCGACGCUCUGGUUCUGCACCCAGGCGGAGACGUCGCUUGCGUACCGCUUCCUGGUCUCUCGACGGAUCGUGCGCUCAAGUUGCGCGCACUGUGGACUUCACAGCUGAGGGGUGCCGGAGUGCGUGUGCGUGCGGCGUUGCAUAUAGGCGGCGGAGACGACUUCACGUAUACGGCUCGUGUGUUGAAGUUUACGUGGGAGUGGAUCGUUCAGCCGAUUCUGCAGUCCUUGCAGCUUUUGACGGAAAACUCGUCUGAUGAGGCGUUACCGCUUAUCACUUGGUGUCCUACAGGGCCGUUGACGCAAGUACCUCUACAUGCCGCGGGCAUAUACACCGACCCCCUCGGUCCACGCACGUUCAACUACGUCGUCUCAUCCUACACACCCUCCCUCUCCGCACUGCACAGAAGCUACGAAGGCAUCACCAAACAACAUCCAGACCCGAGAGUCCUCAUCGUAACACAACCCGCCACGCCGAAGCACUCUCCUCUACCGGGUACAAAAGCCGAAGGCAUUCGUCUCCAAGAGAUCCUCUCCCACGCGCACAUCGACAGAGAACUACUCAACCACGACCAAGCGACCAUCGACUCCGUGAGCGCCGGUAUGAGCAAGUACGCCUGGGUCCAUCUCGCCUGCCACGGCGUGCAACACCCCGACGACGCGACGAAAAGCGCAUUCGCGCUCUACGACGGACAUCUGACGCUAUCCACGCUCAUGUCCACCGCCGCCUCCGACGCCGAGCUCGCGUUCCUCUCCGCAUGUCAGACGGCCACGGGCGACGAGAACAACCCGGAAGAAGCCGCGCAUCUCGCGGCGGGGAUGUUGGCGGUGGGGUUUAAGGGCGUCGUGGCGACGAUGUGGUCGAUCGGCGAUCGGGAGGCGCCGGUUGUUGUUGAGGCGUAUUAUCAGAGGUUGCUGGAGAUGCGCGAGUGUGGUGGGAUUGGGACGGGGCGGACGGGGGCGGCGUAUGCGUUGCAUGAGGCGGUGAGGGUGUUGAGGGAGAAGGUGGGCGAGAAUAAGGUCGUGAAGUGGGCGCCGUUUGUGCAUUUUGGUAUUUGA